AUGUUUUCGUGGUUUCAUUGGGGUCGGCCUGCCUCUGCACCAUCAUCGACCAGAAGGGCAUCAUCAGUAGGCUCAUCUCCAUCAACACCAAAGCUUUUUAAACGAGGCAGAACAGAAUCGAGAGCUUCCUCGCUACCAAAAUUACCAAGAUUUUUGUCUCAAUUUGGAACUAGUAGUUCAGGCUCGAAAUCAUCUACUGUCUCCCGUACGGCGGGCAACUUGUCAACAACACCCACCAGAACUAAAUCAACCUUGCAAACAGGCGUCGAAGAUUCUGUGCUCACAGUGGCUUCUGGUAAAUCAUUACCUACGAAUGAGACAUCUGGUGAAAUGACCAAAUCAACACAACUCUCAAAACCACCUAAGCUUGAAGUCAUAUCAGCAUUAACGUUGACAGUAAACGCAAGUAGGAGAGGAUCGGCUGAUGCUACCGUUGUGGACCAUAAUGUUAUUGAGGAUUAUAUAUACCAGUCAUCGUCACUUACCAGACUCGCAGUCCCUGAUGAUCAAAGGAGUCUUGACCAGAGGUCCAUUGCGUCUAUAAAUGAAUUGACUACUUACGCAGCAUUUGGAGUCACGCUGCCUUCUUUAUCAAGAAAACGUGCCAUUGCUGCAAAGAUAGCAGAGGCAGCAGCACAUCAACAACCAACAUCAGCCACCAUACCGAUACGGUCUGGCGAAUCUAUACAGAAAGACGUCUCUAUUGCUGAGGCGGCUUCAACAGGCCAACCUUCGUGUGCGAAGAGGCGAUGGUCGUUGCCAUGUGCAGCGCUGCCCCCCACCGCUGCUCAACUAGGAUUACCACUGACAAUAUCUGUUGAACCAACACUAAAGAAACGUCAUUCUAUUGGCAGUAUUGCAGAAACAACACAAGCUACAGAACAAGCUGCAACAUCAACGUCCGAGAACGAAGUCGAUAAGAAGUCAUCCAAUCUACGUGGUAUACUCCGUAACGCACCAAAGGGAGCAGUGCCACCCUCCGUCAUUCCAGAUCCAAGAGUCAUUGCUGAUUACAGUCGAGGAUCGUCGCCUGCUGGCUCUGGCGACGUUGAUGAACAGACGCCGAGAAAGAGGACGGAUGGAGAUGUGUUGGGAGAGUUGCCAGAGUUUGAGAGAUUGUUGAAACAGAAAAUGACGCCUGCUGUGUUCAUGAGCAAUGAAUUCAUUAUUCGAAAACACGACAUUGGAAAAGAAAUGUACUUUCUCUCGCGGGGCAAAGUUGAGGUCUUGUCUAGUGAUGGAAAGACUCAAUACAGCGUCAUCAAUAUGGGAUCUUUUUUUGGUGAACUGGGAGUACUCUUCGAUAUACCACGUACCGCAUCCAUCCGAGCUCUAGAAACUUGCUAUUGUAUGGUGCUGACGCGUAAACACUUGGAAGAUUCAUUACAAGGAUACCCAGCCAUAUCGCAAAGAUUCAGAGCCGUUGUCGAACAACGCAUGCAAGAGGUUAAUGCCAAGAGGGCAAUGUCAAGGAGAGUCAAGAUCGCUUUGCCAGAGCCGACAGUGGCUACAGUUGAUGGGAGCAAGCCUCACUUCAAUAGCCCACUGGGAGCAGAUUGUAUCAUUAGAGUUGUCGAAGCUGAAAGCCCAGGCUCGUCUCCAAUUGUCCCAGAAGAGAAUCUCUGGUUCUAUGGUCACGAACAGAUUUUGAGGCAGUCCAAGGCUCUAUCACUUGUAUAUGAUGCUGUCAACAAUGGUUAUGCUGAAGGAUACAUAUACACAGACUCCGCAGGAUGCAUCAUCUCAUUCGAUAUCGCUGGCGUCGAAAAACACUUGGAACCAAAAGAAACCUCAGUUACAAGCCUACAUUUACUCAUCAGCAUCUCCGUCCCCGUACUCGACGUCUUUCCAAUCAUAAUAUACGACGUGUACAAUGGUACCGGAAAGCAACACACACAUACUCUUGUAUCAUUAUCUUGGAAAGGAAUUUCGGCUGCUUCUCGUAUCGUUGACAUGAUGGACUUCUCGGCCUCCUCAGAUCUUAAGACUCGUGAAAUAUGUACUGAAGCUGCUGCUAUGCUAUUGAAGACGUCUGGAGGUUGGAAGGCUAGAAAUGGAGAACAGUGUCCUCAUCCACCACCACAGGCCUUUUGUCGAACAACCAUACGUGAAUUAUUCACUACACAGCCACACACAACUUAA